GCAUUUAAUACAUCGAAGCAGUACUCGAACCCACCUACUCCGAACCCACCGAGUCCACUCGCCAUUAUUUCACACUCCUUUUUCACUUCGUUUUUUUUCCUUCCUCACCAAACAGAUCCUCAGCUUCUCUCCUUCAGAGUUCUGCCUUUUAUCUUCCGAUGCUCUUCGAAUCGAAGUCAUUGGUCAGCAAGUACUUGUCGGCGGGAUCCGUGGAGUAGCACAUUGUUCGUAUUUCCACAGUUUCGAUUUUUUGGUCCAAGUUUCCGUGAGUCGAAGCGCCCUGUUCUUCGCUCUGAUGAUUCAUGCACCGUGAGGUAUCAAAGGUAUUAUUUUUUGAGUUCUGCAUGCUUUUCAAACUGGACUUGUUGAAUUAAUGGAUCAGAAGACAUGGCUUUGGCGGAAGAAGUCUUCAGAGAAGAUCAUUGUUGGAACCGACAGAUCAAAUACCUUCACGAAAGGAAAUGAAGACCAGAUUGGUCUGAGUGAGAAAGCAGAACUGGAGAGUGAUCUGAAAAAUUUAAAACAUAAGCUUUCUUCCAUCCUCUCAGAGUGUGAUGCUAAAAAUGAUAUUGUAAAGAAACAUGAGAAGAUGUCACAAGAGGCCAUUAAAGGCUGGGAGACUGCGGAAGAAGAAGUUAUAUCUCUUAAAAAAAGAUUGGAUGAAGCUUUGCAGCAGAGAGUUGUUGAGGAAGAAAGGUUAACUCAUUUAGAUGCGGCCCUCAAGGAAUGUAUGCAGCAACUCCGUUUUGUUCGGGAAGAGCAGGAACAUAGGAUUCAUGAUGCAGUGAUGAAGACUGCCAGGGAAUUUGAAAAGUCCCAAGAGACUUUGGAAGAUAAGUUUUCAGAGGCCAGUAAAAGGAUUUCGAAACUUGGUAUUGAGAAUACUCAACUUACCAGGGUUCUCCGAGCAAAGGAAAGGCUAAUGGAAGAUCUGAAUAAGCAAAGAACUCAAGUAGAGGCAGAUUUUGAUUCACUGUCUGCUAGAUUAGAACUGACAGAGAAAGAAAAUGCUUCCUUGAAAUAUGAGGUUCGAGUGCUUGAGAAGGAGCUUGAAAUCCGGAAUGAGGAGAGAGAAUUUAAUCGUCGCACAGCAAAUGCAUCACAGAAGCAACACUUAGAGAGUGCCAAGAAAAUUGCAAAAUUGGAAUCAGAAUGUCAAAGGCUGCGUAUCCUGGUCAGGAAGCGAUUGCCAGGUCCAGCUGCCCUUGCAAGAAUGAAAAAUGAAGUUGAAAUUAUGGGAAGGGACUCAGUAGAAAUGAUGAGGAGAAAUAUGAGCUCUCGUUCUUCUAGCGCAAUGCCCAACUCUUCGUUUGAAAGUACUCCUGAUACUCCCAGCACAAAGAUUAACUUCCUCAUGAAACAUUUGCAUUCAAUAGAAGAAGAAAACAAGACUCUCAAGGAGGCUCUCAAUCGAAAUACGAAUGAACUCCAAUGUUCAAGAGUCAUGUAUGCUCGCACAGCUUCUAAAUUAUCACAAGUUGAGUUGCAGCUUGAAGAAUUAUCGAAAGGUUCCACGCCCAUUGAGUCAACGAGCAACAAAUAUAAUCUUGCGUCACAUGAGCUCUCUCUGCCAUUAAUGUCUGUCAUUGGAAGCGAUGAUACGAUUAGUUUUUCUGAAUCCUGGGCUUCUACUUUGAUUUCAGAAUUAGAGCACUUUAAGAAUGGAAAACAAAAGGGGCCGCCAUCUGUCUACACUGUUGGAGGUUCAGACAUAAAUCUGAUGGAUGACUUUGUUGAAAUGGAAAAGUUAGCAAUAAUCUCGGUUGACAAAUCAUCUGGAAGUCCUCACGUAUCCUGUGAUGAUUCUAAUGCAAUUAUAUCCUCUUUUGAAACUGAAUCGAGUGCUUGUUCCUCGGAGGCAAAGGGUAGGCAAAUAGUACCAGUGUCGGAAUGUCAUUCUGGAAACCGGGAGUCCAAGUCCAAUCAUAUAAUUGGUAAAAUCCCUGGUUGGCUUCAGGAUAUUGUGAAAGUAAUUUUGGAUCAAAACUCUGUCAGUAGAAGAAAACCUGAUGAAAUACUCAAGGAUAUCAGAGCAGCCUUGGAAUAUACAAAUGAUCCAGACAGUGGUGAUCUUGUUGAUGCAAGGGAGAACAUAGAAUGUCCGGAUGCAUGUAAACCUACUGGUAAUUCCUCUGUGGCAGACAAUUCCAGUGGAGGAGCUAAUGUUGCCUUCUCUGCGGCAGCGAAGACGAACCAACUGUCUCGCUCAGAUUUUGAAAAAUCAAUUGGCAAGAUAAUUGAGCUCAUUGAAGGAGUCACUCCACCACAUCCAGAAUAUGGCACCCCAGAUACCUUAUCUCACAAGGAUGGAAGUCUUUCCUUACAUAAGAACUUGAAAUCAUCUUCAGGCUAUGUGGUUCGUGUCUUCCAAUGGAAAUCUUCCGAAAUUUUUGCUGUGCUACAGAAAUUUAUUCGUGCUUGCCAUGACUUGUGGAAUGGAAAGUCUGAUAUCAACCAAUUCGCGGAGGAUUUAUCUUCUUCUUUGGAGUGGAUUAUGAACCACUGCUUUUCCCUUCAAGAUGUUUCAAGCAUGAGGCAUGAAAUUAAAGAACAUUUUGAUUGGGAUGAGUCAGGAAGUGAGAGUGAAGAAGUUAGUCAAUUUUCAGAAGCAGAUAAGUUACAUCUUCCCAUAGAGCAAUUGUAUUGUCUGCCAAUGGUUGCUGCAUCAGAUGGGCAUAAUAAUUUUUGGGGAAAGGAAGAACAUCGGUGUACUGUAAAAGAUGAAAAUAUAGCAGCAAUAGAUGGGUUGGCUAAUAUAGAAAUUGAAAAGAAAGACUUGGAACCCCAAUCAGCCACCGAAGAGGAUGAGCUUCGGAUGAAUAAACUUCCUGAAGCAGAGAAAACCACUGAGUAUCAGAAGUUGAUUAAUGGAGAUCUUGACAAGCAACUUAUUGUGACCCAAGAUGAAUCCAACGUGGCUUGCGAAAAUUUUUCAUCUCUGGAAAUAGAAGUACAGAACCCAAAUGACUGCAAUGAACUCAACAAGGAAAAACAACUCCGGACCGAUUGGGAGAUCACAGCAGCUUCAGAGAAGUUGGCUGAGUGCCAAGAGGCUAUUCUAAACCUAGGGAAGCAACUAAAGGCUUUGGCUUCACCUAUGGAAGCAGCCAUUUUUGACAAGAUUGUUACUACCCCAACUGACACAGACACCACCGCCAUCACUGCCACCAGUGUCACUGCAACUAAAAGCUCAGCCUUAAUCCUCCCCUCGAUGAAGAAGAUCACGAACCAAAGAUCCACUCUCUUGGAUCGGAUGCUAGCUGAAGAUAAUGCUAAAGCUAUGACACUUACAUCCCCUAAAGCCAGCAAAAGUGACGGUAAGUCUACCUUGGUUUCCAUUGGAUCAACAGAACCUCUUGACAAGGUCCUUGGUUUAAAUGGAAUAGAGGACGAAGACAAUGAUGGUAAAAUGAAUUCUUUGGCCAUUGUGCCUAGCAAAAAAGGGUCCGGAGAGAGUUUGUGGAGAAAGCUUUUAUGGAGAAAGAGGAAAGGAGACGGCAGGAAAACACGUCUUCCAUCGCUGAAGUGCUAAAUAACAAGGCUUGUAUUUUUCCAUUUGAGAGAGAGCUUGUUUGUGUAUACAACUGUAACCUGAACAAUUGACAAUAAGGCUUGUAUUUUUCCAUUUGAGAGAGAGCUUGUUUGUGUAUAUACCUGUAACCUGAACAAUUGAUGAGUUUGGUAGUUGAAAUGAUCACUUAUUUAUA